UCCAGAAAUUGGUAACUUGAAGAACCUUAUGUAUUUCUCUGUUUCUGAAAACAAACUAUCCGGCGAAAUCCCAGCUACACUUGGCCAAUGUGAGGUCAUGGAAAAUCUAUACUUGGGCAACAACAUUUUUGAAGGGACCAUCCCUCCAACUCUAAGCAACAUGAAAGGCCUUAAAGCACUGGACCUAUCACAGAAUAACUUGUCGGGGGUCGUUCCACCAUCAUUUGGCAAUCUAAGAGGCCUCGAAGAGAUGGAUCUUUCUCACAAUCUCUUGUCCGGGUCCAUCCCAGAGUCCUUGCAAUAUUUGAUCUCUUUGUUCGACUUGAACCUAUCCUAUAAUCAACUCCAAGGUGAUGUACCUAUAAAAGGUGUCUUUCAAAAUCUCACCGCAGUUUCACUCAUCGGAAACAAAGGGCUUUGCGGAGGCAUUUCACAACUUCACUUGCCUGCAUGCCCACAUAUGAAAGUAUAUAAACAUAGAAAAAGGUGGUAUCAUUGGCUAGAAUUUAUCAUCCCAAUUAGUGUUGUUAUGUUCCUAUUAGUUUUAUUUGCUCUUGCACACUGGAAAAAGAAAAGAAGGGAAACCUCUGUGGCAACAUCAUCAAAGGAUGAACAAUAUCCUAGAGUCACAUAUGCAGAAUUGUAUAAAGCAACAGGAGGCUUCUCUCCAGACAACUUGAUUGGGAGUGGGAGAUAUGGCUCUGUGUACAAAGGGAGCUUAGAUAAUGGCAAAACAAUGGUGGCAGUGAAGGUUUUCAAGCUUCAAGAACGAGGUGCUUCUAAGAGUUUCUUAUCUGAAUGUGAAACACUGAAAAGCAUCAGGCAUCGGAAUCUCAUAAAAAUCAUUACUUCAUGCUCCAGUGUUGAUCACCAAGGCAGAGAUUUCAAAGCUCUUAUUUUUGAAUACAUGCCUCAUGGAAAUCUGGAUAGAUGGUUACACCCUGAAGACGAUUUCCAUACUGACCAAGAGAAUCACUUAAGCCUAGUCCAAAGGCUAAAUAUAGCAAUUGGCAUUGCGGAUGCAAUGGAUUAUCUUCACCACAGCUGCAAGCCAUCGGUGGUUCAUUGUGAUCUGAAGACUAGUAAUGUCCUCCUUGACACUGACAUGAAUGCUCAUGUUGGUGACUUUGGGCUAGCAAAGUUCCUCUCUGAAGCUGUCAGCAAUUCUUCACAAAAUUCAACUAGUUCUAGUGCCAUUAAAGGAACUGUUGGUUAUGUGGCUCCAGGUAAUUCACUGAUUUGCUUUCAUAGUGCUAUAUUUAUAUAUAGAAUAAAGUACUGCAGCAUUGGUGAAUAUUUGUGGAUGCAGAAUAUGGAGCAGGAGGUCAGGUGUCCAUGUCUGGUGAUGUCUAUAGCUAUGGUAUUAUUCUUUUGGAAAUGUUUACUGGAAAGAGACCAACAAACGAUAUGUUCAAGGAUGGAAUGAGUCUUCGGAGGUUCGUAGAUGCAGAGACUACUUCUGAAGACAUCAUGGAGAU